AUGGCAUGGCCGUGGGCUGCUCCUGCCCUGCACUGCCGCCGACACUGCCGCCUGCGCACCCGCUACUUUUCGCCCCUCUCGCCUCCGGACACGUCCCUGCACCGCUUUCCUCGCGGCUUCCCUCCGUCCCGGCACUCUGCACGUCUUCUCUGCGGACGCCCCUGCCAAUCCCAGACCACCUCUCGUCGUCCUGCGAACGCGUUCUCGCCCUUCCGUCCAAGUCUGCCGCCGCCCACUGCAGCCAAAAUGCCCGUCUGCAUCUCGUACCUAGAUCACAUCAACUCAGAUUGGGCGUCGAUCGCGUGCGACCCGUAUCCAUGCCCGUCUCGAGUCUAUGUGCGUUAUGUCCGCCCACGCAGCUGUCCAUCAUCGCGCACGCUCCGCAUACCGCUCGUCCUCCGCCCGCUCGCACCCCGCCCCGACGAGCGCGGCCCUCUCCUAAUCUCGCGCGAGCCCCUGCCGCAGCAUCACAGCCUCCCAGUCACCUGCGCGGCCUUGACGCGGGCCUCGUCUUCCGAACACAAUAGGCCCGUGCGCGCGCGCUACACGCCGUUCUCGAAGGCUCACCGUACCGUGCAAUACCUAUAA